CAAGCAACUGGACUUACAGGGAACACCCCGUCGGGGAUCUGGGCCUCCGCAGGGCCGCGGCCUCGCCGGCCUCGGCGGGCCGCUGGCGAUGGUCUCUGCACCGCCGGCGCCGGCGGCGAGCCUCGGCCGCGUGCCCGAGAAGGCGGGCCGGCCACCGGGCGCGGGGGAGCUGCCGCUGGAGGGCGCGCUGCGCCUGUUGGGCGGCAGCGGGAACGAGGAGCGGGUCCUCGGGGUGACACUGGCGCUGCACCACUCCGAGCUGCUGGCGGCGGACCCCGCGUCUCGCGCCCGGCUCCUGGCCGCGCUGGACCCAGCGUUCGUCUGCCAGCUGCUCUGCAGCGCGCCCGCGCUCCGUCGCGUGGCCAUCGCGGCGCUCCGCAUCCUGCUGGUGGACCCUCCUGCGGCGGCGAAGCUGUGGCAGUGCGCGGGGGCCUUGUCCCAGGCCUGUGUCACGGCCAGCGCGGCCGAGGCCGAAGCGGAGGAGGCCGAGCGUGCGGAGCGUCUGGGCGAGAUCGUGCAGGCAUCAGAGGCGCUGCGGCAGCUGCUGCGCCUCCAGGAGGGGCCCGGAGGCGCCGCCCGCAGCGAGGCGGCCGCCGCGGCGGCUGCCCUGCUGGAGGCCCUCUCGCCGGGCGGCGCGCUGGCCACCUGGCGCGGGGAGCCGGGCGUGCCGGAGGCGGCGCUGGCGCUGGCCCAGGAGGUGGCCGCCUCCGCGCACGCGGGCGGCGGGGCCAAGGGCGCACUGGCCCCGGCGCGGCGACUCGUCGAGGGCACGUGCCUGGACCGGCGCCUCCGCGGGUCGCCCGCGCACGUGCUGGCGCUGGGGCUGCUUGCGGAGUUAGUGGAGGCAGGCGCGGCCCCGUCGUGCCUGGACGAGGCGCUUGGGGAGGCCGUCGCCGCCGGCGUGGCAGCGAGGCCCGCGGCGCUAGUGCUCGCGGCCGCCGCGCUGUCCACCUGCGGCCUGUCCUUCGGGCAGCGCGGCGGCCCGCGUCUGGCGAGGCUGCGCCCGCUGCUGGAACUCGCCGCGGGGGAGCUGCGGCUGGGGCUGGAGGGCCACGCGCCGCGCGAGAACCUCUACGCGGCCUGCGCGGCCCUCGAGGCGGCGGCUGUGGCGCUGGGGCGCGAGGCAGAGGCCCUGGAGGCCUCCGCGCACCUGCUGGAGGAGGCCUCGGACUGCCUCCGCCAGAUCCACAAGGCCAUCGCCCAUGUGCACGACUACUGUGCAGACCUGAGCCCGGAGGGCGAUCCGCCCGUGGAGCUGGCGCUCGUGGCACGGCUCGCUGCCGCGUGGCAGCUGGAGGACCCGCGGCAGUUCUCCGUCGAGUUCCAGCGCUCGCUGCCCGCCUUCUGCGCGCUGCCCCCGGCCGACUUCGCUGUGCUGCUGCCGUGCAUCCAGGAGACGCACGACUGGCACCUCACACCGGCGCUGGGCGCGGUGCUCCGCACCGCGCUGGCCGCCGCCGGUGCGGAGGCCUCGCUGCCGGACGCGGCAGAGGUCUGGAGGCAGGCGGCGGGGAUGCUGACGGAGGUGGCGCUCGACGCCGCGGCCUACCUGCCGGAGGCGCCGCUCUGCGCGCCGCCGCAGCGGCUGCUGCAGCGCUGCCGCGACGGCGCGGCCGCCGCGGCCGCGGCCGCCGCGGCGCCUCCCGUGCGGCCCGUGGUGCCCUCGCGGAUGCCGCGGCCGGUGCCUGCGGCAGAGCCGGCGGGCCACGGCGUGCAGAUGCUCUGUGACUGGAGCUGCGUGCUCUGGGCGGCGGGGGCGGCGGCCUUCGCGCCCGAGGGCCACCGCCGGUGGGAGCUGGGCGUGGUGUGCGGCGCGCUGCUCGUGUCCGUGCCCGAGGCCGCCGUCGUCGUGCGCCCCGAGGUGGUCGACGCGAGCGCCGGGGCGUGGGCCGCCACGGCCAGCUGCCUCUUCGCCGGGUCGCAGGCCGAGGCGUCCACCUGGCGCCUCGCCAUGCGCCUCGCCGGCUUCGCGCUGGACCGCCACGCUGGCCUGGCGGCCGCGCUGGCGAUGGCCUCGGCCGCACAGCCGCGCCCGUGGGCGGCUCCAGUGCCACCUCCCGGCGCAGCGCCGGGGCGCGGCGUCGAUGACGAGUGGGCGGUGGCGGACACGAGCGCCGCGGUGGCCGUCUCCGACUUCCUGGUGGCGGUCUCCAGGCUCCCGGCCUGGACGGCCCCGCGCGUCGCCUCGCCGGCGGCGGCUCUUGGGGCGGCCGCCGCCGCGGCCACGCCCCCCGGGGCGGGCUGCUGCUUGGAGGACAUGGACUGAGCCGCUGGCCCCGGCGGCGGCGUGGUGGGCUCAGGGGGCGUUUUUGUGGUCCCUGCAGGCGCGUCGCCCGCGGGGGCCGUGGGGAGGAGCGGG